AUGCUCCCGUUCGUGAGCGAGCAUUCGCAGCGCCAUCCAUUGGAAAGCGGUCGUACAGUCACUGCUGCUGCUCUCGCAUUGUCCCGGAAAACCCCGAGCAGUCUGCGAAUCAAUCAGAAGCAUCUGCAGGCGGAGUUUGGCAUUGCCUACAUGAAAGCAAUGACCAAGGAAAACAUGCAAUCUCGUAGUUCCUAUACGACUCGAGAUUCAUCAUCAACGGAACGUUUGUCAGCUGCUUGUGUGGAGUUUGAGACUGUGAAUCGACGACUGUUCUAUUUUGCUGAACUGGACGGUUUCGAAAAUUAA